GCGGCGCCUGACUAUAAAACCCCUGCGCACAUUUUACCGACCUCUGAGCAUUCCCACCUCUCCUCUGCCGACCAGCUCCCAGCCCUGCACGGUGACAACUAACGGUGAAACAAACUUCAGCAACCAUGCCUUCAGAACUGGAGACAGCCAUGGAGUCACUCAUCAAGGUGUUCCACCGUUACGCCUCUAAGGAUGGCAACAGCGGCAAACUCAACCGGCGAGAGCUCAGAGAGCUGAUGGAGAACGAGCUCUCCACCUUCCUCAAGUCUCAGAAAGACCCGGCUGCCAUAGACAAAAUCAUGAAGGACCUGGACACCAACGGCGAUGGCCAGGUGGACUUUGAGGAGUUUGUUUCUCUGGUUGUUGGACUUUCCAUUGCCUGUGAGCAGUGCUAUCAGUUGCACAUGAAGAAGACGGGGAAGCACUAAACGACAACAGCAGAAGAGAGAAGAAACCAAAAAGCAUUUCAAGUAUUGUUAAGAUAGUUUUGUUCAAUAAAUAAACUGAAGAAUUUCAAA